GUGCAGAUUUGGCCACGCCACCGGCCAUUCGACAGCUCCAGCUGCAAGUGCCUUGUGGCGAGCUGGUCGCGGUGGUGGGGGGUGUCGGCUCGGGCAAGAGCGCCUUGCUACAGGCCAUUUUGGGUGAGCUCCAGCCCGAUGAAAGCGAGGAAAAGGCCUUGAUCAGCAGACCGAAGAUCGUGGCAUAUUGCUCACAGAUUCCUCACAUCGCCGAAGGGACCCUCAAGGAGAAUGUUCUGUUUGGCCAACCUUUCGACCAAGUUCGCUAUGACGACGCCUUGCGCGCCGCCUCAUUGGGAAAAGAUCUUAAAGUGCUGCCAGGUGGAGACCAGGUCCCCAUCGGUGCCCGUGGCAUCUCCCUGUCGGGUGGCCAGAAGGCACGCGUCUCAAUGGCUCGAGCUGGUUACCACUUGAGUUCCAAGUUGGUGUUGAUGGACGAUCCCUUCGCCUCAGUGGAUGCGCCAACAGCUCGCGUGAUCAUGGACAAGCUCUUACUCGGUCCCUUGAUGACUGGCCGCACUUGCAUUGUGACCACGCAGCCGGACUCCGAGCGGCUGCAGAAGUUUCAGCGUGUG